UAAAACAGUUGGGGACACAAACAGUUCCAGAGUCUGCUAUUUCCAAACCUGCCUUCUACACUGUGGAGGCAAAGUCUGAGAGAGGACCUGCCAUCACCAUGAAAACACUUAUUGCAGCUUACUCCCAAAAUCAGAGUGGGAGCCAUGCCAGCAUCCAGGCUGCCCUGCGCACUCUGCUCACUGCCCCCUGGCCCUCACAGUGGGACGUCCGGGCAUGCCUCCAGCUUCUCUCUGUCCUGCAGUGGGUGCUCAGCUUCUUGUUCAUGGGAAUCAUUUCCCUGCUUCUCCUCAUCUAUUUGGUUUUCACCAGUUUCUGGCCGAUUUCUGCUUUGUACCUGGUCUGGCUAAUCUUUGACUGGGACACACCGGAGCGAGGUGGGAGGAGGUUCACAUGGUUGCGGAAAUGGGCUGUCUGGAGGCACUUCCGAGAUUAUUUCCCUAUUCAGCUGGUGAAAACUCAUGAUCUGCAUCCCAGCCAGAAUUACAUUAUUGGUUCACACCCUCAUGGGAUCCUCUGUGUUGGGGCCUUCUGCAACUUUAUCACUGGGUCCACUGGCUUCUUUGAGAAGUACCCUGGUAUCAGGCCCUUCCUGGCCACGCUGGGUGGCAACUUCUGGAUGCCUUUCUUCAGGGAAUAUCUGAUGAGUGGGGGCCUGUGCCCUGUAACACGCCAGGCCAUAGGGUACCUGCUGUCCCGGAAUGGUACUGGCAAUGCUGUAGCCAUUGUGAUUGGUGGUGCGGCCGAGUCACUGUCCUGCCAGCCGGGAAUCACCACAUUAAUCCUUAAGAACCGCAAGGGCUUUGUCCGGAUGGCAUUGCAGCAUGGGGCACAUCUGGUUCCCUCCUUCUCCUUUGGGGAGAACGAGCUCUUUCGACAGGUGGCGUUCAAAGAUGGCAGCUGGAUGAGGAACCUACAGGAGAGGUGCCGAAAGCUGCUGGGCUUUGCCCCUUGUCUCUUCUAUGGACGGGGCUUAACCUCUGUCCAUUCCCGAGGUUUCCUGCCCUUCCCCAGGCCCAUCACCACUGUUGUAGGAGAACCCAUGACAGUGCCCAAGAUUGAGGACCCAAGCCACGAAACGGUGGAUCUGUACCAUGGAAUGUACAUCCGCUCCCUGCUUAAACUCUUCAACGAGCACAAAGCCAGAUAUGGCCUCUUGGAGACAGACAAGCUGAGGAUCUUGUGAAUGAGACCAGAAAGAAGCUGGGGACUGGGAAGAGACAGGGCAGCAAAGCCCUAAUCCUGGAUAACUGCCUGUUCUUGGGGGUUGGCUACCAGCCUCCCUGGCAGGGCAGGGACUCUCAGGGAUGUAUAAAGGAUUCUGGGUGAUGUGGUGCCUGCAGCAGCAGAGGAUUUAACUUGAUGACCCAGCAGGUCCCUUCCAGUCCCGCAUCCUAGAUUCUGACAUACAAUUCAGCCAUGCCCCAGCUGCUCUGCCUCCUACUCUAACCCUGACCCUUACUCACCCUCUCAGUGCAGCUCCAAUGGCUGUCUCUCUGUUCCUCCUGUGCCUCCAGGAUGAAUGAGGAAAGGAGGAGCAUUGUACAUUCUGCUGCACAUCCUGCAUGCUUUAUACUCCCUUCUGUGGGCAAUGCAGUGGGCCAGUGCACCAGCUAUAUCAGAUCCUGAGGCCCCUUCAGGAAAGAAGAAAAAAAGGACAGGAAGGAGCACAGGGAGGGACUGGCGCUGAGCUUGAAAGGGGAAGUGUGACAUAAGCAGAGAGGACUGGGAUAGGUGUGGGAGGGACACUUCUUUGGCCAAGCCCUGCUAUCCUUGGGAAGAUGAAUAGUAGCUUUGUGCUACUGCUGAUGGAGCCCAAGGGUGGGAUUAUGCAGGCUACAUCCUGCCUGAGACAGGAGGAGGGUGAGGUAGAUGGAAAGGAGAAGGAGGGGAGAGGGUGGGAAGAAUGGAGGCAAUGCCCCUGACACGUAACUGAAGUAGUGGUUGUGAGAGGAGGCUGCAGGCCCCUGUGGGAGAAUGGUACUGUGAUGGGCAGAGGCUUGAGACACUUCAGCUCUUUGUCUGGGAAGGCUGACAACUCUGUAGUCUUGUGCCCGUGUUGAGUGCAGAAUGGAGCCUCUUUGAAGGUUUCUCCAUUCACCUGCAUGCUCUGUACAUCUGAUUAUGGGCAUACUCCUGGCACUGGGUUGUCAGGCUGUUCACGUGAAUGUGUCAUCUCUCUACUGCAGGGAGAGUUUUCCCUCUGCUGGUCAGAGUUACCACCUAAGCCUGGGCCUCAGAAACAGGAAAGGAUAUGGCCAGGGCUUCCCUAUAUGGUGAGAGUUGCCAUGAGGAAUGGCAUUCAGGGUAAAGCUCUUGAGAGUCUGUCCACAGUAGGGUGGGAGGCCUAAGUCCCUUUCAUUUCCCUUUCUCUGUCCCACAUGUCCUGUGUUCCCUGCAUACCCUGCCAAACCUGUGUCCAUCACUGCAGUUUCCCUAUGGCCCUCUGCCAUUCUGCCCAGACCCUAGGUGCCUCAGCUUCCAGCCUUCUCCAUCUCUGUAUUUCCUGUUGGGUCCAGGGCAGGUGGCAGCUGAAAAGGCCAGUGCACAUUGAGGCUUCAUCUGGAGAUAUAUCAGGUCCUAGAGAAGCAACAGGUGUUUCCCUAGGGCCUGGCAGAUUGCAGUGAUUUCUGGGCAGUUUGUGACCAGAAAGAGAUUGACCUAUUGGAGGGAGAUGGGAGGAAUGUCCAGGGGCCAGAGGGAAAUCUAUCAAGUUUGGUUAAGCAAUGACAAUGUGGUGGGAAGUACACAGAGGGUAAGGUGUUAUUUAGCUGCAAAGGGGUGUGUGUCUAUCAGUGAGAGAAUGCAGACCCGUAACUUCCAGUCAGGGAGAGGCACGGGCUGGAGAAUCCUCUCCCAAGGGGUAGGGGUGGACUGCCAGAACUUGAGACAUUUCACAUAAACCUCAUCAAAGCACUGUGGUGUAGGGGCCCAUCCUGUUCUGGCCCCAGGGCUGGGUGAGAAGCUCUGCUGAGGUGUUUCCAUCUUUGUGUUGCUUAUCCUGUGUCUAAUACAGUGUUACAGCUCUCAGAUGGAUGUGGACUGUGCUGUAUGAAGUGGG